GCCAGGCUAUCUGCCGCCCCGAGUCCGUCAGCUCGGGAAGUUCAAAGUGUCUGCUGAGCAAGUCUUGCAGCUUCAAAAAAGUAGCCUCUCCCCGCACUGAACGAGAGACAGUAAGAUCGCUUUGUUAUUCUCAGUCCCCUCAGUUCUUUCUCGACCAUGGCGUCCACCUUGCACAAAUACCCCGGUAUCGACCUACCGCUGCGGUAUCUCGUCCAGAACGAAGAGGGCGGCGCCGGUAUCGAAUUCUACCGAUGUGGCUCGUUCGAAGCGGCCGCCGGCUCUCUCUCUGAGCUUAUCCAAGUCCGUGAAGUCGCCAUGCUCCUACUUAUGGAUCGCCUCACGGACAAACCCAAUUGGCACAAGAAGGUGUUUGACGAGGCCAUCGUCGCCAAGUGGCGCCAUGAGGCUUUGACGCAAGAUGAAACAACCAUGUACGAGGAGAUCGUGGCCGGAAAAAAUAUCCCAAUGCCGCAGCGGACGAGGAUUAUCAACGAGGCCACGUUUGACUAUUGCAUCGCCGAGCUAAAGUGCAAGGCGGCUUACUUCGAAGAAACCGGUCUUGUCUUCACGCUCAACUCCUCCCAGGGCAGCGCUGAGUACCCCUGCUUUAACACGGCUAUCAAGGCAGACUCCCUCGUAAACAAUGAACUCCAGCAGGGCCUGAAGGCUGCAUUUGAGAAACUCCGCGCCGAGCAGGCCGCCGAGCCCGACUGGCAUCCAGGGAGCAACGAUAUGGUUCAGGAUCUCGUCCACCCUUCCAUGUAUCCUUUCGUUUAUGGCGAGAGUAGGUUCAUCCCAGAAGAGGCCGUCAGGGUGGUUGACGCUGUCGAGAGGUGGUCCGGGAAGGGUGAAACGGUACAAGCGCUGCUGGAAGGAGACGAAGAAGAGGGCGAACUCAUCGACCGGGACUACUGGUCUAAAAAGUAUCAAUGGCUUCCUGCCAACCUAGCCUUCCAGGACGAUGGCUCCGUGCGCUUCACCAGCUACGUCAACAACCUCCACCCCCAAAAGCACACCGAGACUUACAGGCUCCUCGAGAAGCUCAUCGACACCGCCAUUCCCACUUGGGAACAUGUUCUCAGCGGAAAGGCCAUCACGCCGUCUAGUAAUGCCCCGGAACGGUUAGAGCAACCUCCCAGGGUGUACGAAGAGAACGAAGAUGAUGUCUGGGAGAAAUUAGAUCCGGUUGUUAUCGCCGAACACGAGGCGGAAGAUGGUCCCAUCGAUUACUCUGAGCGGGAGCUCCCGUGCGAUGAUGACGAAUGGGAGGAUGACGAGGAGAUGGGCCUGACCGCGGCAGAGGUCAAAGAACAGGAAAUUCAGCGCCUCAAAUGGAAAGAUAUUAGAGAUCCUACGCUCAUGGAACCCUUGGAAUUCGAACCCCACACCUACAAGGUUGAGCAGACACUCCGGGAGCGGUUCAAGGAUACUGGUCUGCAGGUCAUCGUCAAGAUGGCCUCGAUUGAGUUGACCCCUGAGAAUCCCGACUUCCCAAUGGGCGGUUGGCAUAUUGAGGGCCAGAUGAACGAACACAUUGUGGCGACAGCGCUGUAUUAUCUCGACUCGGAAAACGUGACACCAAGCGAGCUGUCCUUUCGCAUGGCUACCAGCUCCCAGCAAGAUGGCCUGCAGUCUCGGGUCGCACAGAAUAUGGACACUCUGUACCAGCGCAUUUACGGCACCAACCUUUCCUGGGGUCCAGGCUCCGAAACCGUUCAGACCUACGGCAGCGUUGCGACGCCCGAGGGGCGGUUGUUGGCAUUCCCGAAUGUUUUCCAACACCGCGUGUCUUCCUUCAGCCUGCAGGACCGCACCAAACCCGGCCACCGCCGUUUCGUAGCUCUGUGGCUCGUCGACCCACUCCGGCGCGUCGUCUCAACCGCCAACGUGCCGCCGCAGCAGUUCAACUGGUGGGCUGAGGCUGUCUUUGGCAACGAGGCCAAGACUGCAGGCGAGAUGCCGCCCGAGGUGUUCCAGCUGCUGCUUGAGAAGGGCGCCGACAAGGCCGUCAAACCGUCCGAGGAACUGCUCCAGAGCAUGAGAAACCGGCUACCGGCCGAGGUCAUGGAGAUGGUGCGGCGAGAGGCCGUACCGGGGGGACUGAUGACUGCCGAACAGGCACGUCAACAUCGGCUCGCGUUGAUGGAGGAAAGAAGUGCUUUUGUGCGCACCAGCGAGAAGAAGGCGUGGAAAAACAGGUACUCCUUCUGCGAGCACUGAUUACCGGUAUCUCUACCGGCUUCUUUUAUGCCUGGACUCCGGUUUCACAUCAUCUUGCGUCUCUUCCAUCUUUUCACAUCAUAGCUGUCUUGAAAUGACUCUCUUCUCCUGUUGCGAUUUCCAUCCUUUUCUCAUUUCAAGCUACCUAAGCACAAAGGCAACCUUGCAAACCCAAGAUUAGAAGAAUAGAACCAAACACACUCGAGCCCUUUGCACUUCCACCCCCUUAUCCUCACCCAAAUACCCUAUCCACUCUCCCAAUCCUCACACCCACUGGUAGACACUCAGACGGUCCGACCCACCACACACCUCGGUCGGCUCCCCAGAGCAAGCCAUCGCACAAUCCGCCUCGAGCGCGAGCGUGCUAUUCGCAUCCAGCCCCGCGCCACAGUAGCACUCGGCACUAUACUCCAGCCC